AUUAUGUCUAAAAAGUCUAAAAACUGCAAAAUUAAAGACUGUCAGGACUCUGAAUUGUCUUCGAAUAACGAAAAUAACACAUCUACAAGUUCCAGUGAUUUGGAUACUAGCCGCAAACGCAAAUUGCGUCGUAGAUCAGACAGAAAUGUCUCAUUUCACUACCAACCGCUGCCCAUGCGUGUUGUAGGCGAUAAUAAUAGCAAUGUGAUAAAACCCGUUAUUCCUUGCUCCUCCCGGGAUAUAACGCUCCAUUCCGCUCAGAUAAUCGAAGAUAGUUCCGAUUCGGAGUUCCAUAUUUCAAACGAUACCAGCAACGAUGAGCCGCCAAACAAAUCCAUCACAUUUGCAGCACGCCCCAUAGAAAAGUGGGAUUUGGAGUUUAUAAGAAAGCUGCGAAAACGCAAAAAACGGCCAAGUAAAACAUUGUAUAAAGAUUAAAUUUAAAAAACAACUGCUGACCAGGGCUGCCAAGCCGAA